AUGCAGCAAGCUGAUUUCUACCAUCUCCUCCAAUCCGCCUUCGUGGUCUUCCCUUGCUUUUUCCUUUUCGGUUACAACCAAGUCGUAGUAGGAGCACUGGUGUCUUUUGAUGCUUUCACAGACUUGUUCCCUCAGCUGGAUACCGUCCAUGCCAAUGGCUCUUUGAAGUCAUACCGCUCUGUCAUUCAAGGGGUAUAUGUGUCAUCCUUCACCCUUGGAUGCGCCGCGGGGUCCGUUUUCUGCUCUUUCGUCGGCGACAGACUGGGGCGACGGAAGACAAUAGUCGUUGGCUCCAUCCUCACGCUGCUCGGCGGAGCACUUUCCUGCUCUUCGUCCCAACUGCCACAGUUGUUUACUGGGCGGGUGAUAACAGGCAUGGGUGUCGGCAUAUUCUCGACAAUGGUUCCUGUCUGGCAGUCGGAAUGCUCACCGGCCACGAACAGCGGCCGACGAGUGGUAAUUGAUGGGAUAUUCAUAUUGUCUGGUUACGCCGUGAGUUACUGGAUCAACUUUGGCUUCUCUCGUAUUCAGAAGCACGAUGUGGCGUGGAGAGUCCCCCUUGCCAUUCCAGGGGUGUUUUCUAUCGUCCUAGGCACCGCAAUAUUUUUCUUCCCCGAAUCGCCUCGCUGGCUGGUUGCCACAGGCCGCAUUGAUGAAGCAACUGCGGAGCUAGCUAGGCUCAGAAGAGUCCAAGGAGAUGCCGGCCUCGACGAAAUCACGCGCGAAUUUACCGCAAUCGGAGUUUCUCUAGAGACCACCGAAUCAAAGGCCUCCUCGUUCAGAGACAUUCUCACCAUGAAAGAUGGAAAGUUGUUAUAUCGUUGUAUGCUAUGCGUUGGUCUGCAGUUUUGGUGUCAGAUGACCGGAGCGCAGGUAAUCACCACAUACUCAACUACCAUCUUCCAGCAGAACCUGAAUCUCUCCGACGGUAUCACUCGGAUUCUCGCCGCCAGUGCUUUGACCUGGAAGUUCCUUGCGUCUUUUGUAUCCUUGUUUACGAUUGAUCUGUUUGGACGCAGGAAACUCUUUCUCAUUUGUGGUGUUGGGAUUACGCUAUGCAUGACAUGUAUUGCCAUCACAGCCAGCUUCGGAAGCAACAACCGCGGCGCUUCAAUGGCAAGCACUUUCUUCGUCUUCCUCUUCAAUUCCUUCUUUCCGGUCGGCUUCUUGGGGCCAAGCUCUCUGUACUGCACAGAGGUGUCGUCCAGCAGAGUUCUCGUGCCUAUGACCUCCAUAUCGACUGCUAACCAUUGGCUAUGGUAUGGUUCUGCCCUUGUUGCUGACAUUACAUUGCCUGCUAAUUAUUCCUCAUAUAGGAGCUUCCUCGUGCAAAUGGUUACACCUUUCGCUCUGUCGAGCAUUGGAUACAGGUACUGCCUCGUGUAUGCAGUCAUCGGCCUCAAAUAUGUUGUCUGUGUCUAUAUCUUCUACCCCGAGACAAUAGGUCAGAGCUUGAAGAAGCUCGAAGAUCUGUUCCAGCAGGAUCUAUCCAUUCGUCAAACGGUGAGCGUCGCUAAUAAACUGGCCGGGUUGCACCCGGAUGAAGAAGCUGCCGAGGAGAAUGUCAAAGGAGAGGCGGAGGUGGUGGAAAAGGCAUAG